GCAUCCUCCUUUCUUUUUCUGGUCAUGGUGUCACUCUCAUGAUCCUGCCAGCAUCUUAUGCCGGUUCGCACGUCUGUCUAGCACUCAUGUCUUUGAUCACAACGCCCUCAAACAGUUAUAGCCCCUCCCUUCGUCGCGGACAUGCAAUGAGAAGAGGCCGCGCCGCCUACAUCCAAGUUGUCUGGUUAGAAUACUUGUGCCUCUUUGUCGUCGCUGCCUUCACAUUAGGCCUUUACUGCACCCCUACGUAUUACAAGGACUACCGUGUGGUCCCGAUGCUACCUUCGAUUACGCCGUCUGGCAUAUCUCAACCUUUCGGGCAGUUUCAACUCCCGCUAGAGAUAAGCUAUCCAUUGGUAGGGGAGCCGCUCCCGACGCGUGGCUGCGCGGUGGUGGUUGUCCUCGUUCCACUUCUCGUCAUAGGGAUGUUUCAAAUCAAGACUUGGAGUCUUUGGGACUUCCACGCUGGGGUCGUGGGUCUAUUGAAAGCUGUGGUCUCUACCUCGUUUGUCUGUACCACCCUAAAGCAUUUCAUUGGCGGUUUCCGGCCUUUCUACAUCGAAGCGUGCAAACCAGACUGGGAUGCCAUCGUGGAAGGUAUCCAUCAAAAGAUAUACCGUUUCAAUGCAACACUAUGCCUCGGGAAUCCGAGUGAUAUAGACCGAGCUCUCCAGGCUUUUCCGAGCGGCCAUGCUUCCAGUUCAUUCGCAGCUGCAGUCUUCCUCUCCCUUUACCUCAACGCAAAGUUGAAAGUCUUUUCUGAUCAUGCAUCACAUUUCUGGGCAUUCAUGGUCGUGCUAACGCCCCUGAUAUUGGCAUCCCUCGUCUCGGGCUCAAUGCUUACAUCCCAUCAACACCAAGCCCAAGAUCUGAUCUUCGGCAUGAUAAUAGGUCUCAUUCUUGGGAUGCUAGCCUACCGCUCAGCCUACGCAGCGGUGUUCGAUUUCCGCCUCAACCAUAUUCCCCUCUUACCUUUUGCAAUCAAGACUCAAUACUCUCAAGAUGCCGAUUGCCUUCAAGAUGCACAAGCCAGAUUAAAAGGAGAGCAAGGUGCAGAAGAUGAUGAGCUGGUAUUUUGGAGUUGGUGGAAACAGGCUAGCCCGAAAAUUGAGGAGAAGGAAGAGGAGAUGCCAUGGCUGCAGAGUAUCAAGUCUGUGCGAAUGGCCGGGCAAGAACCAGUGUCGAAACCAAGGAUGCGAAAAUGCAGCCCGGAGCCAAUUGUGUUGAAAGCGUAGGAAGAUGAAGAGGGGAGAAGCAGCGUUGAUUCCAUGACCUUUGCGCAACUCCAGACUGGGCGUUGAGCGUAAUGGAAUAGAGGUUUCAAGGUGAUGAAGUAAAAACGUCGUACCACAGUGUGCGGUUGGUAUAGGUAGCAAAUUGGAGAAAUGAUCCUACUGUAUUGGGAUAAUUCUACACAAAAAUAAAAAGUACACAUAUUCAAAUU